ACACAUAAGUGCAGCAUGAAGUAUCCACUCAUGUUCUUGGUCUGUUUUUUUGGACAGGCGAAGCUAGCAGGGGAGCGGGGGGCUCGUGCCAUCCUCUUCGACAUCACAGAUGAUGAAAGCGCUGCUGACCAGCUGAGGAAACCCAGGGGCCUGAGUCAGCCUGUGGUGUUGAUCCGGGGCCAUGAUGCUGAGCUUCUGAUGGGCGUUGUGAACAAGAAUCGAGAAGCACAUGUGAAGAUUGAGGUUAAAGAGCAGCCAGCAUGGCCAGACUAUGAUGUGUGGAUUCUUCUCACAGUGCUGAGCACUGUCAUUGUGAUCGUUCUGAUUUUUGUCGUUCGCACCAAGUGUCACUGGAACAGGACUCAGGACUCCUUGCAGCAGCAGACCAUGCAGGCGAUCAGCCAGUUGGCCACCCGGAAGUACCAGGCCCGGUGCCGACAGGUCACCCUAAGGGAUUCGGCCAGCAGCUGCAGCUCAGCCCCCGUCUGCGCUAUCUGUCUGGAGGAGUUCAGCGAGGGCCAGGAGCUGCGGAUUAUUUCCUGUUCCCAUGAGUUCCACAGAGAGUGUGUUGACCCCUGGCUGCAGCAGCACCACACCUGCCCGCUCUGCAUGUUCAAUAUCAUUGAGGGGGCUGCCUUUGCCCAGCCUGCACAUUUGAGGCAGAAUUCCCAGGAUCUGGAACCUGGGCGGCGGCUUCACCUCUUCCGGCAACACCCAGGACACGCCCUGUAUCACCUCCCAGAGGCCCACCCCCAGCGGCGGCUCAGGAACUUUGCUUCGCAGCUCCCCCAUGGCAACCCCUUCUUCCAUUCCCCAGAGCUCUCCCAGUUGGAUUUCAGCACCAUGCACUAUUUGCCAUACAGGCCAGUGGGCUCCAGGGCCACAUGCAGCCAUCAGCCCUCUCUAGUCCAAGGCCUAGGGAAUGAGCAGCACCGAAAAUCUCCAGCAUGUGGGCAGAUGCCAUCUUCUCACAGGACCUGUCCACUUCAGCACCAGGCCCGUUGCCUGGGAUUCAGGACUGCGGUAGUACCGAGACAGCACCACGCUGCCCCUCUUCGUCGGGGAACCAGUCAUGGGAGACAGCACAACAGCAGUGGCUCAGGGGAGAGCUAUCUCACAGAGCACAGUGGGUACCUGGCUGAUGGUCCGGGCAGUGACUCCAGCUCUGGACCCUGUCAUGGCUCCUCCAGUGAUUCUAUGUUGAAUUGCACAGAUGUCAGCCUCCAAGGCAUCCAUGGCAGCUGCUCCACCUUCCGCAGCUCCCUGAGCAGUGACUAUGACCCCUGGGUGUACUGUAGCUCCACUGACAAUGGCCAGGAGCAGCUGCAGCCUCCAGGGGAGCCAAGGCCGAGGUCUUUGGACUUGAAGGAGACUGGCAGCACUGCAUUAGCCAAGAAUCAGAUACUGAGUCAUGUCCAUUAUCACCACCACAGGCACCAUCACUACAGGAAAGACCUAGAGUGUCCAUCUGGGAGACCAGGCCAGGAACCCAGCCAGCGUAAGCCCCGGUUUGCUGAGGCUGUGCCCAGUGCUCGGACACAAAAGAGGACUGAGAAAACGCGUCACUGCAAACAGCCUCUUGAAAGCAGCCCGGUGUCCCAGGCUGCAUCUCUGUCAGGACAGCUCUCCUGUGUGCAUCAGGGACCUGACCUCUCAAAGCACCUCUCCUCUUCUGCAGACGGGUCUGACUUCAGCUGGGUGGCCAGUAGGCAAGCUGGAGCAGCUGGUCCAUUGUCUUUCCCGCUGUCACAGAAACAUGGCUUACAAAGCCGUCACCACAGAAGGAAACGGAAGUGCCGCCCGGAGCCUGUUCUGGCUCACCUUUCAGAGGACUCAGAUGUGCACAAAGACUGCAAUGUUCACAUUCACUAUGGCCACUCCCCUGGCUACUGCUGCUCCCCAGAAGUUCAGCCACUGUUGCCAACGGCCCCUAUGCCCUAUUGCUCAGGCUCUCAGGUGGUUUGGAAGUGCCGAGUCCCGCCCUCCCACUUGGAGUCCCAGCAGCAGGACAAGGACCUAUCAGAAUGGGAAGGGAAACCCAUGUAUCCAGUUGAUUUCUCAGGGACAGGCACCACAGAAGACAACACAAGUCUUUACCUCCCCUGCCAAACUCUGCAACACAAUCAGGGUAAGUUUGUUAGUCACCUCUGCUUUUAGCAAACCUCUGAACAGUGGAUUGUACAAUUCAGGGUUCAUAUAUAGACGUGUGUGUGUGUGUGUGUGUGUGUGUGCAUAUAAACACCACACGUUGCCCCAAGCUACUGACAACAACUGAGAAUGGAUGUUUUCAGAGUUCAGACAUCAGAAUUAUAGAAGAUUAGGGUUGGAAGAGACCUCAGGAGGUCAUCUAGUCCAACUGCCUGCUCAAAGUAGGA